ACCAGCAGUUGUUAUUAUUGUUUACAAAACGCUAAAUUGCCCCGUUUAAAAACGCUGAUAAAAGUGAGAUAAACGCCGUUGCUGUGACAAAGGGAAAUAUGCAGCUGACGGCCUGCUAGCACGGGCGAAGCAGCUGCUGCUUCAGAGCAGCGGAAUCGAAGAGAACUCCUCCACGGCGCCGCCCCAGCGACCACUUGUUGUUGUUGGUCGGUUGGACUUUGCUGCGCCGCUUUCCAUCUUCAUCUACACAAAGUACUAUAUACUCGGCCGAUUCCAUCCGAUGCAAGCUACGGAGUACUCACGGGGCAUACACAUAAAAUCCGGAUUCACAGCAGGCGCUGCGCGUCACCCGAUUCAUCUCGUUAAUCUGUCAAAUUCCCAUUCCGAAAUUCGGAUCCGUAGCUCUCUCGGCUCAGUCAGGCCAAUCUGUGUGUGCCAACAUAGGCCGUAUCUCAAAUCAAGCAGCGAAUAAAUCGGCGAUUAGGCUUCGAUCACUUUAUUGCCGCAGUCAAGUGUCCAGUAGUUGACUGAUUUACCUUCAACGAUGGCGGGGCAAAGCAAGCUAAUUGACCCACUGUGCAUCACCUGCAAGGACUUCCAGCACCCUUGGACAGACCAUUGCGUGAGCGCCACUGCUGGGAUCCUCCUCUCGGCCACACCUUACUGCCUGCGUGUCUACACCAUCGUCUACGCCAUCUCCUUGCUGAUGCGCCACAAAGUGCCCAGUUUGGAGGAUCUGCGGCGUACCCUCCUGGGGAUCAUACAGUCGACGGCUUUCCUGGUGACCAACGCCUACACCUUCAUCCUGUACAAUUGUCUGCUACGAAACGUCUUGGGUCGCUAUCACCUCUCCACGGUGGCCUUUAUACCGUGUUUCUUUGCCUCGUUCAGCGCCAUUCUGGUGGAGCGUCCCGCCCGCCGACCGCUGCUCACUCUGUACGUGGCCAACGUGGCCACUGAGUCGUUGUGGAAGAUGGCCGAGUCAAGGGGUUUGGUGCGUUCCAUACCCCACGGCCAGACUCUUAUCUUUGGCGUGAGCAUGGCGGCCCUACUCUACAUCUACCGACUGGGCGUCUCCAAGGGUUCCAUCUUCAACAUUCUCCGCAUCUUUGUGGGCAAAGAGGAGGCUGGACCGGUGGCCAAGGACGCACCAAUAGUUCCAGGCGAGCAACCAGCUCCCUCCAGAAGCCGACCCCCCGUUAGCUUCUCCUCCGUAUCGGACUUUGUGCGAAUCUACAGCAACCUGAUCCGCGCCAAGCACGCCAGCUGCGGGCACCAGCAGAGCUGCAUGAGCUACUCGGUGAUGGGCGGUAUCAAACCCUUUGUGGGAGGAGUGGCGCUUCAGGUGGCCCUUAAGAUGCUGAUGAACGCUAAGCGCAUAGUCUCCGGAAAGAUGGCGUGGAAAAAGCAGGUCUUUAACCAGGGCACCUUGCAGCUGGGAAUGUUUAUGGGCAGCUUCUCCUUCCUGUACAAAGCGGUCUCCUGUCUGCUGCGCCACAGUUUUAACCGGGAUGAUGCCAGAUUUGCCAUUCCAGCAGGAUUAAUUUCGUCCGUGGCCUUUACCCUGUAUCCGGACAACACGGUGGCCUUGUAUGUCAUGUGGCAGGCUCUGCAGAUCCUUUGUGCCAUGGGCCAGAAGCGAGGCAUUUUGCCGCACAUCCCUCACUUUAUGCUGUUCCUGUACUCCUUCUUCACAGCCGUGCUCUUCCACGCGGGCAUCUUGGAGCCCAAGAGCCUGCGCCCCAGCUACUUUAAGUUUCUGCAGGCCAUCUCGGGCGAUAGACUAAGCAGAUUUAAUCUGAGCGCCUUCGAUGUACUGGGUCUGGGGAGUCAGCAACAGGCGCUGGACACCAUCAAGGCUCUGAACAUCGUAGAGAAGGGACCGCUGCCAGCCUUCUCGUUCGCCUCCUGAGCCAACAUCAGGACGCUUCUGGCGCAUGUACAGUUAGUCAGUCGUCUUGGUUAGCGGCCUCACCCUACAUAUCUCCAUAUAUCCAUUAAUCUGCGUUUGAUAGCUAUUUGUAUAUAUAUACGACAAGAGUCUCCCGCUCUCUGAGAGCGUCCAACGAUUACUAUACUAAGCAAGUGUGGGUGGAUUGUAAAUUGUGUUGACUGUUCGUCUUGAUAGCAGUUUUUUAUAUCAAUAAAACUCAGCAUGAUAAUUACAAACCAA